ACGUCAAAAUAAGUGAUUCGGCCGCUCCAUCACGUAUAUUGACAGCACCAAUUUCCAAUUUGUAUAGUCAUUGUUGAGAAUAAAAAGAAGUUUUAGUAAUUUUCUUAAUUUAAUUUAAAAAACAAUUAAGUAAAAAUGCCGGACUAUUUGGGUGACGAUCAACGCAAAAUAAAAUCAGACGAGACUGAGGAGAAAGAAAUAAAAUCGUUGGAUGAAGGCGAUAUUGAAUUGUUGAAGACUUACGGACAAAGUCAAUACCAUAAAGCCAUUAAAACUAUCGAAGAAGACAUACAGAAGGCUGUAAAGCAAGUAAAUGAGCUCACCGGAAUUAAAGAAAGCGAUACUGGUCUAGCACCACCCGCUUUAUGGGAUUUAGCAGCCGAUAAACAGAUACUACAAAACGAGCAGCCUCUUCAGGUAGCGCGUUGCACCAAAAUAAUAAAUGCUGAUUCCGAUGAUCCUAAAUAUAUUAUAAACGUGAAACAAUUUGCGAAGUUUGUCGUCGAUCUAGCCGAUUCUGUAGCACCAACAGAUAUUGAGGAGGGUAUGCGUGUUGGCGUUGAUCGCAACAAGUACCAGAUUCAUAUUCCCUUACCUCCAAAAAUUGAUCCCACUGUUACAAUGAUGCAAGUAGAAGAUAAGCCUGAUGUAACAUAUAGUGACGUUGGAGGUUGCAAAGAACAGAUAGAAAAGUUGCGAGAAGUGGUGGAAACUCCAUUAUUACAUCCUGAAAAAUUUGUGAAUUUAGGUAUUGAGCCACCAAAGGGGGUUUUGCUUUUUGGUCCUCCUGGAACUGGUAAAACAUUAUGUGCUCGCGCUGUAGCUAAUCGUACCGAUGCUUGUUUCAUUCGUGUCAUUGGAUCUGAGCUGGUACAAAAAUAUGUAGGAGAAGGCGCCCGAAUGGUACGCGAGCUUUUUGAAAUGGCGAGAUCAAAGAAAGCUUGUUUGAUAUUCUUUGAUGAAAUAGAUGCGAUUGGUGGUGCUCGUUUUGAUGAUGGCGCUGGUGGCGACAAUGAAGUGCAACGUACUAUGCUGGAAUUAAUCAAUCAACUGGAUGGAUUUGAUCCUCGUGGAAACAUUAAAGUUCUCAUGGCUACCAACAGGCCAGACACUCUUGAUCCGGCACUGAUGCGUCCGGGCCGUUUAGAUCGUAAAGUUGAAUUCGGUCUUCCCGAUUUAGAAGGACGUACACAUAUUUUCAAAAUUCACGCCCGUUCGAUGUCAGUAGAGAGAGACAUACGUUUCGAAUUGCUUGCACGACUGUGCCCAAAUUCCACUGGCGCUGAAAUUCGCUCCGUGUGCACUGAGGCAGGAAUGUUCGCCAUACGUGCUCGCCGUAAAGUUGCAACAGAAAAGGAUUUUUUGGAGGCAGUUAACAAAGUCAUUAAGAGCUAUGCUAAAUUCAGCGCUACUCCACGCUAUAUGACAUACAAUUAAACAUAAGUUAAGAUUUACUAUAUCAUUGAGUGAGUAGAAAUUGCAAUGAAAAUUUGUAAUAAAAUAAAUAAACAAAAAUUUGAAA